UGUGCAGUGUGUCAGUAGCUGCUUGCAUGUAUUGCUAGAAUCUGACUUGUAUAAAUAUGCUUGGAGAACUCUGAUCUUGGCCUUGAGCCUAAUAACUGCUUGGCAGCUGUUGGCACUUGGCCCGGUUCAGCUAAACUGUGAUUUUCUAAGUACUAAAAUAAAGUCUGAUUGAAGGUAAUCAAUUAAAGAGUGAAGCUUUGUUUCUUCCACAGUUUGGGGGCUCAUCCAUGGUGAAUGCACUUGAUCUAGGGGCACCCGAAGCAGAGAUGGACUGAAAGCAACCCCCACAAGCUAGCACAAUUAGGUAAGGGGACCUUUUGAAAUCCCUGGUGGGGCUUGCCUUGGCCCUCCUUUGUGAAGGAUGCACCUGGACUGAGACACUCCAUCCCAUUUGAACAAAUCCUUCAGAAUCAGACUAGGUAAGUAACUUCUCAGUGGGACUGAGAAAUAGGUAUAUAAGUUCUCAGUGGGACUGGGAAAUGGGGAGUGGGCAGUCUAAGGGUGACGCUCUGCCAAGGGCUGGGACACCAGCAAACUACAUGUACAUGCAUUUCGGGAAGGAUACUGUAAAAUUCCUGGGGAAAUGGAAUGCACUACAAUUUCCUUUGGAAGGGAGUUUUGAUAAAAAUCAAAUAUUACAUUUAAGAGGGGCUUUGGAAAGCCUAGGCUCUAAAAUUAGCCAGCCUGAAUGGCAAGCCUUCUUCAGCUGGUAUGAUGAAGUUUUUAGAAGAAUCCACGAAUCUCAAGUGAGGAGUCUAAGGGACUCCCUGGAUAAAUUGCAACAUCAAGUUAAAACCUUAACAGACAAAAGUCAGAUGCCGGUACCUACUGCCCCACCUCCUACGUGUUCGUAUCCGCAACUAAUGAAUUUUCAAACAACCUCUUCUCAGGAAGAUGUGAUAUAUUCCUUUUCAGGCUUUCCACCUACUCCGGCAGAACCACCACCAGCAGCAGUGGGAGUAGCACUGGCAACUGGACUGUCAUCACCAUCACAACAGGUCGUAUGUCCCCGGGUCCACCUAACACCUACCAUUGGAAACAGUCCUACAGACACAACGAAUGGGAAUCCAACAGAACCACCAGCAGCCUACCAGAAUUCAGGUAAAAGAGAGGCAGCAGAAGGAACCCAGUAUACCUUGUCAUAGUCUGAAGCCUGGAGAGUGGGUAUUGGUAAAAAGUUUUCUGAUGAAAGAAUGCCUUAGCCCCAGAUGGACAGGACCCUGUCAAGUUUGCUAAUAACAAAUACUGCUGUAAAAUGUCAGGGUCGCCGAAAUUGGAUACACACAUAUCCCAUUGCAAGAGAGUCCCAGCUGCUCCUGAAAGCAAGCAGUGAAGAGAGAGCCUUCCCUGCAUCUAACUGGGGAGGGAAAGUUAAGGUGAUGUGCUUGUAACCUCUCCCUUACAAGGCUAGGUUGGGCGGGUUAGGGAUUUUGCGCAAAGUGGAGAGCCAGGGUCUUUCCCCUGCGUGAAGAAUUCCCACCAGCUGCCAUCGUGGACUAUCCACCAGAGGAGUAAUUAGUGCUAUGAUUGCUCCUUUGCAUUAAGAGGAUUGCCCCGACGUGCGAAGAGGAUUUGCCACAACUAGAACUUUUCUGCAUGCCAGUUUGGCACACAAGCAACAUAGAUUGCUUCCAAGAGCAGCUGGCAGUGGCCAACGUUCUGAGGUCAUUCAAUAUUCACAGUGACUCGUAACCCUUUUGCCCAUGUGUAAGUAGCAUGAGGAUCUGAAAUUCCCUCAUACAUACCAAGGCUGGUAUAGUGGUAAUUUUGGCACCCCAACUGCCCCUGCCAAGAACCCCUCCCACUGUGAGGCCCGGCCACACCGAACCGCCGCUUUUCUGUAAUUUUAGCUGCCAUGUGCACGGCGGGGGGAGGGGGGUGAGUUGAGCAGGCCUCCCCCCACCCCUGGUGGUGGUGGUGGUGGGUGGAACGGCCGCUGGGCUGUCCAUCCGGCCCAGCCGCCCUUGAUAACUGCGAGGCGCUUCAUUGCGCCUGUGCAGUUGGAAUAUAGAGUCGCAAGCCCAUGAUAUCACAUGAGGCCUUCUUGGCUCACCACCCAUCCCCGCACAUGGUGGCUAAAAUUACAGAAAAGUGGUAGUUUCGGCACUGCAGGGCCUCAUGGCAGGGCGGGCGCAGGGUGGUGGAAGGAGGCCCCCCCCAGUCAUGUGGAGGCCCCCUGGACCUUGGAUGCCAUGGAUCGGGACCCCAAGGUCCAGGGGUAAGAGCGCCUCUGCAGUGGUAUAUUGUAAUCAGAGAGAUUACUUUACUGCAGCCCAUUGGGGAGGUUUCCAGAAAAGAGCAGUAGAUACUAGUUAGCUCCCUCUAAAGACCAUGAUCCCCACAGGUGGGACUGCCCCACUGAUUGCUGCACCAAAACCCUUAAUUUGUUGGAGCAAUUGGAGCAUCCGUCACUAUAGCUGGGUUAAUGAUGUUGGUUUUAGCAAGCGCAUGGCCCGCCCAAGGCUACAACUCCUUUGUCCAGCUUUCUCAGCAGUUUGCUAAAAUGAAAAAUAAAAGAUAGUUGGAUCUGUACUCAUGCCCCUCACCAUUCAGAUGGUGGAGUUUCUAUGGCCCCAGUGCCUUGGAGUUGGGAUGACUAUUGUGCUUCCUAGAAAGCAGGCAGCUUCACAGUCAACACAGGUGCACAAUGCCAGAAUUGGGGUUGGGAUGUAAAUCUAACCUCUACAUCACAGAGCCUAAGUAACAAUGCAACCAUUAAAAGGGAGAGGAUUUAUAUUAAAUUGGCCAAACCAGCCAAGGCCUGAUAGGCCUAGAAGGCAAUGGAGCUCUUCCCAUGGGCAGAAGCACAUGUAAUUAUACCCUGAACUGCACUCAUGAAGUGACUGUCAAUAAUGUGACCCUAUAUAUGAACAAUGAAUCAUGUAAUGACCCCCGCCCAACAUUCCAGGGAAUUUAUUACAUGUGCAAGGACUGGGCUUAUGUCUGGCUACCUACUAGCUGGUCAGGGAGUUAUCUAAGAUAUAUAGCCCCUGCCAUAAGAUAUAUAAAUACUCUACAUGAAGGUAAGAUAGAUAAGGUAAGAGAGCCAGCGUGGUGUAGUGGUUAGAGUGCUGGUCUAGGACCGGGGAGACCCGAGUUCAAAUCCCCAUUCAGCCAUAAUACUAGCUGGGUGACUCUGGGCCAGUCACUUCUCUCUCAGCCUAGCCUACUUCACAGGGUUGUUGUGAAAGAGAAACUUAAGUAUGUAGUACACCGCUCUGGGCUCCUUGGAGGAACAGUGGGAUAUAAAUGUAAUAAUAAUAAUAAGAUAAGAAGUGUGUGUGCUAUUUCAGAGUCUGACAGGGUCGGCUCCAUUAUCCUUCCUUCAUAUGGGGUAGCUCGCACCAUUAAAUAAGUCCAUUUAUUAGCUGGUAUCCUGGGGAAAGUGGUUAAUGAAACUGCUGGUGCUUUGGAAAAGGUAUCAACGAAGGUGGUUGCUAUGAGAACCAUGGCCUUACAAAAACGGUUGGCAUUAGAUUAUGUUUUAGCCAGUAAAGGUGGGGCCUGUGCUUUGAUUGGGAAAGAAUGUUGUAUUUAUAUACCAAAUUAUUACAAUCAAUUUUUGAUCAUGCAAAAAAGAUACAAGAUGAAGCAGCAAAAAUGCACCAAACUGAAACAAGAAAUGUCUGGACUUGGUUAGAAAAUCUUGGGAUAAGAUUUCUUUAUUUUGCUUUUCUGAUUAUAUAUAUGCCUGAUAGUUUUAUUGCAACUAAUAUUUUGCCUUUUAAAGAACUGUUCCUGCCCAGGAUUGUGCAGAGAACAGCCAGAACAGCCAGCAAAUAAUUUAACCCCUGUAUACCUUGCUGUGCAAAGAAUGAAAGAGGAAGAAUACAGGGAUGUGAUUGAAGAGAUUUGUGAUAAGAUGCAAACAGACAUGGGUUAGCAGCAAUAUGGGGGAGGUUGUGCUGAAAAGCACAAAAGGAUGAAUUGUAGAAGAAGUUGACCCCCCACACCCGCCAGGCCCAUCUUUGUAAAAAUGUAUUGGAAAGUAAAUGAAAUGGAGCCAGACGAUGGAGUUGAAGACUGGAAUGUUAGUGGAAAAGGUACAUUUUGCUAGCAUGAGUAAAAGUCUCAGCUAGACUCUGAAAGAGAAAGCACAUAGUGCUCAGUAGAAGCUAAAGCUAAGCUGGUCAUUGUAACAAUUGCAGGAACAAUGAAAGUUCUCAUUGCUUGUCAGACAUGUGCAGUGUGUCAGUAGCUGCUUGCAUGUAUUGCUAGAAUCUGACUUGUAUAAAUAUGCUUGGAGAACUCUGAUCUUGGCCUUGAGCCUAAUAACUGCUUGGCAGCUGUUGGCACUUGGCCCGGUUCAACUAAACUGUGAUUUUCUAAGUACUAAAAUAAAGUCUGAUUGAAGGUAA